CAUGCCAUCGUCAUUGGAAACAAAGUGUUUGCCUUUGGAAGGAGAUCGCAGGUCGAUGAAUUAAGACAUCUGGUCAUCUUGCAUGCCAUGUUCAUUGGAAACAAAGUUCUUGCCUUUGGAAGGAGAUUGCAUAGCGAUGGCGAAAGUGGGAAUUAAGAGAACCGCCUUGCCGGACAAAAAGGCCACAAUCCAGCUUAAAAAUGCUAGACUUUUGUAUCCUUAAUGAUUUUAUCUCAGAUGAAGUGAUUAUAAUGAAUUAUACAAAUAACAAUUUUUAAAGUUUAUUCCUAAUCAGUGUCAAUCAGGGACAAUGAAAAAGAGCAUGCCACAUGAUUGUAUAAGAAGCUUAUUGAGAAAAAAGUGAUAUUGAAGGGAAUCAGAGAAGUGGCCUAAAAUGGGUUAGUAUUACAAGGUAUAUCUAUUAACCUUUCAACCUUUUCGACAAAGAAAUUAUAAUGAAGGGAAAGACAUUGUCUGAAAUGGGUAAUGUAAGGAACUUAAUUUUUGCGAAGAAUAGAAUAACAAUGUUUGCAAGUAUUCGAUCGAAUAUUAGCGGUUCCGUGGUUGGGUUGAAUUUGCAUCGCAGUGCAUUGUGGGGUUGUUAUAGAGGAAAUAUUUCCAAGAUGGCGUCUAUUUUGUCCCCUAAAACAGUUCCACAAUGCACUGCAAUGAACUCGACCCAGUUUUUUYCUCGACCUCACGGAAUGCCUAACGGAGUGGGGAUAGUCUUGUUGAUCAACUGGGCCGGGUUGUUCAAAGCUGGAUUAGCGCUAUUCCAGGAUUAACUCUAUAGGUCUUAUUAAGAGUUAACCCAGGAUUAGCACUAAUCGGGCUUUGAACAACUGGGCCCUGAAUAAGUAAUCGCAUGCGUGACGACAUCCGAAAUUUAAAAGAUAUCAAGCGGCAACGGCCAAACUUAAAAUGAGAUCAAUAUCUACAAUUCGACUGGUAUAAAAACAGUUAAAACGUCGAGAGAUCUUCUGAUCUAAGGAAACGCGUUUGUUUAUCACAUAUCCACUAACGGUAGUCAAUAGUAAGAAUUAUAGGAACAAACUAAAACCUCACUGAAAAAAAUAAGGUAUUGAUGAACGAAAAAGUAACUGAGUUACGAAAAAGUGAAGCGCAAACCAACAAUUGUUAAACAAAAGAAGACAUAGAAUCAGCUUAGCAGAUGACAAACCCCAUGCUAUGAUACCAAUGGCUCUUAAGUUUUGAGAGUCAAUAUUUACAGAAUGAGAAAGCCAGAGCAUUAAGGUCCAAUCACUUUGCAGGUAAGCGAGAAGUCUAAGUCAAUAGUUCAGAAAACUAGAUCUUGUCGGUUUCCACAAUUUAUAAUCAAUGCUCAUUCAUGUUUUGUGUUUUCAACAUCGGCCUUGGUACUGAUUAACAGGGAUAGGUGGACGACUGCAGCACGUACCCGAAGUAAAACGAGACAUUUCCUGAAACAUGAGGAGUUUAUAAGAUACCAUGGCGUUCCAGGCAUUACUUAUGGUUUUGAUGAGCAUGAUUCUGAUAGGAUGUACCGCAGACCAGAAUGACUGUCGUAGUGUCCAGUCUAUUGGAAAUCGCAUUCUUCUGGGACACGUGACGAAAACAAUGACAGGGAAAAGUUUUGAGAGCUGCACCAUCGACUGUGAAAAAGAAUCGGAUUGCUUUAGCAUCAACUACCUCACCGUGACAGCUACUUGUCAAAUGAAUAACACGACCGUUAAAUGGUUUCCCGCGGACUUUAUUCCGUGGACAGGUGCUUUGUAUAUGGACAGUCUAGUGCGACAGUAUGAAUCCAACCCGUGUAAUGACAGGACCUCUCCUUGUGAUGGUCUAUGUGUUCCUGUGCCAGGACAACUUCCACGAACUAUUUGCUUGUGUUUAAAAACCCCAGUUUCAAACUGCCAACCAGAUACUCGUAAACCAUCCGCUCUCGGAAUGGAAAAUGGCGUAAUCCAGAACGAACAAAUAACGUCCUCAACUACUGCUGCAGCGAGUACAAACAACAUGAGCAGGCUUAACUGUAACACAGGAUCUUGGACACCAAACACUGAUGACAAACUACAGUGGCUGCAAGUCAGCUUUGUGUCACAAACCAAGGUGUUCACGCAAAUUGCUACUCAGGGACACGGUGUUAACUGGUGGUGGGUGACUCAAUACGCUAUUGAUUUUAAGACAGAGGCUUCGCAUUGGCAGAGCUAUUCUGAAGAUGGUAAUACACUAAAGAUCUUUAUGGGAAACACCGACUUCACAGGUAUUGUAAAGAACUCGUUCACUAAGCCGUUUAUAGCUGACAUCAUCAAGAUAAAACCCUUGGAAUAUGAUGGACGUAUUGCUCUCCGUAUUGAACUUUAUGGCUGUAGUGUAAACUGAUUUACCAACCAUAUAUGGCAUCAUCACUAGCCCGUCCACGGAUGCCAUUGAAAUGGCUGCACAUAUUAAUCUAAUUCAUAUUGGUAACUCAGCUCGCUGCAUGUAAAUCACUUUCGAAUUAAUAUCCAAGCGAGGUUUUUGACGUUCAGAAGAAAGCAAAAUCAUACUGAGCACUGAAGAGUUAGGAUUCCAUUACAUUAAAUACUUCAUUUAACCGGUUGAUCUUCUCGAAACUGAAACAAUGGUUACUGGGUUUUCAUCGCAAGGUCACAACUUUUGCACUGAACAGAAAACUAUAGUAGGGCCUAGUACUGGACCAAGUGGGACGCCAUAAAACAAUUAAAGAAGCAGCGAUAGUCUUGUCAGGACUCAGUGAAGAAAGCAGUCUCACAUGGAGUAUGUCCGCCGUUGAUAGCAAGAUAUUGGUAUCGAUGGCGGCAAAUACUGGCAGCAUUAUACUCAGCCUUAUGGCUCUUCAGGCCAAUAGUCCUCUUUUUAUUGCAUACCGCCAGCGUAUUUCGUGACUACAGACUCAUUUGUAAAGGUUCUGCCUCGUAUAUCGAUCCCGUACCCAGAGCCCACGUUCCUUUUAGUCAGCACCGAGAAAUGAGCUGGCUGACCUUUCAUUGAAUGAUUUAUUCUUAAAAAUGAAGCAAAAUCAAUUGAAUCCGUAGUCAGGGAUCAAAGCGGUAUUUGCCAAUUGAAAAACGAUACAUUUGGUUUUCUGUUCUUCUUUUGGCUUCAUUCAUAGCCUGCAGACACACGGUGCAAGAUUACACAUUACUGGAUUUUUGCAGCGUUUGCCCACACAGCCCCUGAUUCAGGAGCAGAUCCAGGAUUUUUUCAAAGGGGGAGGGGGUUGUAGCAUUGAUUGAGGUGGUGGAGAGAUAUAGCAGACCAAAGGGUUAGGGAGACGAUUAUUUGCUGCAGGCGAGCAUGGUUGUUUCAGGUCUCACACACGGCGUAUAGAAAAAAAAGCGAGCGAAAUGUGUUCGGCACCCCUGUUUUAAUAAAACUCGCGAUGCUGUUGGUCUUGUCAUGAAAAAAAUAAUCUUUUGGUUCCCAUAUCAGAAAUGAACAAGUUUUGCAUUUUUGAACUCCUCAUGUGUAGUUCUUUCAAAUGCGCUAGUUAGAAUUUUCCAUUGAGGAGUAUUUCGAUUUUCCGUUAAAAUUGAUGACGUCAUUGCCCCGCCAAAAAUAUCGAAAUUCAAAAAGAUAAAACGACAGAUUUGUUAGAUUUGAUAAACUCUUCAAUGUUACCAAGUUUCGAGAAAUUUUAAUGAAAUACAAAAACGUUUUGCCGAAAUGAGACAUUUUUUAGCCCUUCUAGCCCGACGUUGUCCAAGCAAGCUGUGUAUUCUUUAUAUUUUCAGGAAAGUUUGAAAGUUCGCACUCACUUCAUAUUGAUUUUGUCUUCAAUUUUGCUCACAAUUCACAAACAUGCUAGUUGUGAUUUCCUUCCUUUUCGACAGACCUUUUGUGAUUGACUUGUCAUUUGGAUAGGGUUGAUUUGUUCCGGAGUCUUUACGCGUAACGGUUCUGAACAUGGCUAAUGAAGGCUGGGUAUGUGAUGCCAUGUAUCAUCGCCAACUAUUCCGGCCAUGCGCCGCUCGCCAAGUCAGCGGAUAUCAUGUAUAAAAUAAAAACCACAGGAAGCCCAAGCUCUCUCAGGCCCGGACUUAGAGAAACAAAACCUUUUGCUACGGUAUUCCUGUGCUUUAAUAGGUAUCCUAUUACAAACGAUGGCAAACGAGAGCUGAGGAUUCCACAGG